GCAAAUGUUAAGAGACAGGCAUAUGUCAGGACUUAUUUCGAACUUGAGCCCAAUUAAACGUACCUAAUCAAGAUGUUAGUUAGUAUCCGACGCUUGUACAGAGAUAUAGGGUACAGGCAGGAUAGUAGCCUAUAAUCAUACACACAAGAACAUUUAGACUUUAUUGGAAGUGACAAUAAGGGAACGUUAGCAAGGUAAAAUUGGGCUCUUGUAACGUUAUUAAGUCCAAACGUUCAAUGUCUAGACAAACGAUUCUGUCUGAUAGAUCCACCUGCAGUUAAGUAAUGGAGAAGAACAAGGAUGAGGUUGACAUUGUACAACAGGAGCUGCCUGAAGAGUGUUUGAACUACACCUGUUCCAUAAUGCCGCAUGGUGUCCAAAGUGAUGGAAUCGCUUCCAUUGAGGGCUGCCGUGAAGAUAGAGAGCUGCUUUAUCUGCCAAGAGAGGUUGCAGAGGACAAGUCAGACUCAAACAGUGGGUGUAGCAGCUUCAGAUUUUGCUGCCCAGUUCCGUGUGAUCAAAAUCCCCCAAUGUCCCACUGUCCACCUGCUACUUAUCAAGAUAUCCUGCCCACUCCAUAUCAUUACAUGACUCCCACUUCAGGGCUCAAUUCUGGAAAUUGCUCAUGGACAUCUGAAGGGGCAUUGCAUUAUGGAAUGCUGUCAAGAGAAAUCUGUGAUGCUGUGGCCAGCAUUAGCUCAGAUGCCACAGAGGAGCAGUCAAAAGAAGCUUUCAUUAAACAAGAGGCGACUUUAGAAUUGAGAGACAAGCCGGACAUCUAUCAGCAUGGCAACCAUCCAAUUGUUUUUCUCUCACCUCAUGACCCGCCAGUGGAGAACAGUCUUGCUGUUCAGACACCCAACGUCUGUCAGGUUCUGCGUGAUGCAAAUGGCAGGCCGCAGGUGGUGGUUAUGAAUCACUGCAAUCCACUACAAAUGAUUCACUCGAUGCCCUCAGGGGGUCAUAGUUCCACCAGCCCAGAGCCACAGUUUUACAACGCACCACGAGGCAACACCCCUGAAUUAUGCCCCCCAUGUGGAAAUGUUGAGGACAUUGGUCAUUUUGAUUACAUCAGUUCAUAUCCAGGGGACCAGAGGAUUCCUUCCUCCUUACCAGGGCCGUGCACUGUACCCUCUCAACAGUAUAUGCCCUCCGGCCACCAGGUCCUACCCUCCAGUCCAUACGGUCCCGCUGUUCCUGUAGGCCCUGGUUUCAGCUACAACAUCAUGCCUGGGCCCUACAUUUCACAGUUCCAUCAGAGCCCAUACCCUUUGUACCCGGACACGCUAGGAUUAUAUGCUGAAAGCCAGCCAAAGAUGAUCCAAAGACAGUUGAGUGGAGCACACUGGGAAUCCAAAUCCCAGAGGAAGCCUUGCAACUGCACAAAGUCUCAGUGUCUUAAGCUAUAUUGUGACUGCUUUGCAAAUGGAGAGGUUUGCAACAACUGCAACUGCAUCAACUGUUGUAACAACAGUGAACAUGAGAUCGAAAGAUACAAAGCCAUCAAGAUUUGUCUUGAGAGAAACCCAGAGGCCUUUCGUCCAAAAAUCGGCAAUCGUAAACUUGGAGACCCGAAAGGACGUCAUAAUAAGGGCUGCAACUGCAAACGCUCAGGUUGUCUGAAGAACUAUUGUGAAUGUUAUGAGGCCAAAAUCAUGUGUUCCUCCACUUGCAAGUGUAUUGGCUGUAGAAACUAUGAGGAAAGCCCAAAGAGAAAGUCAAUGGGCUGGGCAAGUCCCUGUAUGAGCUCGUUUGAGGAGGGCAUGGAUCAAAAGACUAGGUGUCCACUAGCGUGCAUCACGCUUGACGUGGUAGAAGCCACAUGCGGCUGUCUCCUGGCUCAGGCUGAAGAGGCCGAGAAGGAAGGGUGCACUUUGUCUCAAGCUGAGCAAAUGAUUCUUGAGGAGUUUGGUCAGUGUCUGACGCAAAUCGUACAGUCGAUAUUCAAAAGCAGCGGCCUGCCUGUGUAGUCUCCGGAGAGUAGAGGCGAGAGACCUCUUCCACGGCUCAGGACAUGAGGGAGUCAUGUGUGUUGGUCAUGCACUUGUCUAUUUCUGUUUUCAUGUUGUUUUGCUUUGAAUGCAUGUAUGAAUCAGACAGUUUGAAAUGGUGUUCUCAACUGCACAUGGCUCACAAUGCGUACUUUAAUUUAUUGUAUACAUUUAUUUAUUUAUUUAUUUAUUGUAUACGGUUCCCUACUUAUAAGUCAUAAGUUGUCAACAUUGAGUACCAAAGUGAGCUGUGUCCUUUUAAGGUACUUCAUUUUUGUCUAAAACAAUGUAUGUAAAAAGGGAAAUGAAUAAUAAUUUAAAAUCACUAUAGUCUACUUUGUUGAAAGAUCAGCAUUUAUAUUUCUCUAUGUUAAACAAUGAUUCAAAUUGUUGAUAAAUGUUCAAAAUAAAUUGUGUUGAAGAUUUAUUUGAGUAUAUAAGGGCCUCAAAAAAUGUACCCAAGACAAUGUCCUAAGUAAAAAAGUAAAAAGACAUGCAUCUGUCAGUUCUCAGCUCCCACAACACUUUCUUGAAUGACAACAGGAACGCAGUUUUCCAGUUUCCAAUUUACUGAUGCUCUGAUUUAAAUUUGACUGGAAUCACAAGGUUUAGUUUUCUUAGACAUGUAUGCACAGACUUUAGACUAUGCCAAAACAAUGUAGUGCAUCAUAUCUCAUGAUAAGUCAUGCAGUCAUUUAAUGAUUCAGUAUUCAUGCAGUGAAGUGUAAUCUGACACAGUCAAUGUACAGUGUCCGCUCACUCUUGUGUUUACCAUAACAUGUCAGUAUCCUUGUUCAUUUAUCAUGGUUUGACAUUCUGUAUCCCUUGUGUUUUUCCCCCUAUCUCUGCAUUUAAGAAACAGAGUCAACAUAAAGCAAUUGAUUUUCAUUUAAGGCAGGUGUGUUGUUGACGUCAGCGUUUGGUCAAGCUAAUAUAAUCUGGUCUAACCGUGAUAGGAGGCAGCACUAGUAAGAGAGGUCUCUCACAGGGGGUUGUAUUGAACCUGAGGUCCUGUUGCUAUUCAUGGCAAUAUAAAUGGGGCCUGGAACAUUGCUGCAAUCAGAUGGUAUCGCAAACACGAGGGCUUCCUAUUCUUUUGGACAUGGUAAGUGCUAAAUAAGCUUGCUACAGAUUUGCAAUUGCAGGUGCAUAAUGUGUUAGAGAAUUAACGAGUAACUUUGUUUACAGGGACAGAGAACAAGUGUGUGGAUAUAUUUAUUUGUAUUUGUUUUGAUCAUGGAGUCUCACUGCUCUGAAAGGGUAUGUAAGGAUAUUAAUCUUUCUCAACAUGUUUAUGUCAUCACUAUGCAGAACCUUUUUCAUACGAAAUUGUUACAUAUCUUACAGCAAACUAUACGUUCAAAUAACUGGGGACCACAGUCAAUGAUGUACCUCAAAGGAAAAUGUGAGUAUUUCUUUCAGCAUUCAUGCAUCAGUACAAUGCCAUGCCACCACAAUUGAGGUGGUUUUAGUAAGGCAAAAUGUCAUCAAUCAAUAUCAACAAACAUGAGAUGGAUUAAAUGACAGAAAAUGUAAUAUUCUAUUGGAC